AUGAAAUGGCGAAGGUCAGAGCGUGUUCGCUUAACAAAACGACCGUACUUACGACUACUACGCUCAUUUGGUUGUCAUGUAUCAUUUUUAAAUAUCGGAUUUUAUACAACAUCUUUUAAUCGUUUAUUUUUUCGUAUUGGUUUGUCGAAUGCUCGUUUAUGGAAAAUAUGGUUUACAUGUGGAAUACUGUGUGCAUUUGUCACAGCAAUAAUUGCCUGUUUAACACUCUUAUUUUUACCUUUACAAUAUUUUUAUAUCUACAAUCAAAAUCGUGCACAAUCGAUUGCUAGAACUGGAGCUAAUCUUGUUCAGAAUGCUGAUAGUAUAACAUCGACUUAUAGUGGAGGUAGCAGCGAUACACGUAACAAAAUGCUUAUUCAACCAAUAAUUCCUGGUGUCAAUGUACCAUUAGAGCAAUUACCUCAUUUUUUUCUCGCUCUCUUAAUUUGUACAGUACUUCAUGAGUUUGGUCAUGCUGUUGCUGCAUCAGCGGAACAAAUUCGGGUAAAUGGUUGUGGUUAUUUUAUAUUUCUUUUAUAUCCUGGUGCCUAUGUUGAUCUACAUCAAGAGCAACUUCAAAUGAUAUCAGCUGUAAGACAGCUAAGAAUUUAUUGUGCUGGUGUCUUUCAUAAUAUGGUUCUAGUUGCAAUUGCUCUCAUAUUUUUGUUAAUCAAUCCUCUGAUAAUGAAGCACUUGUAUACAGAGGCAGCCACGAAUGGUGGAUGUUUAGUGGCCAGAUAUGUCACCGAUCAUCCAUCGUGUUUAUUCAACAGUGAUUGUCAAGGUGUACGACCCGAUUCUUCGUGUUUACAUCCAUUUUCAGCUGAUAAUUAUACACGUCUAAUACGUAUUCUUCACACUAAAGGACCACCAAUAUUAUUUGUUGGUGAUGUUCAUGAGCUACAUCGUUCCAUUCGUAUCGAAUCAUACAAGCCAAAUCUUUCCUAUAUUCCAUUUGCUCUCAUUACAGAUAUUCCACUCUUCUUCAAAUAUGUUGGCGCAUUUUCAUUUGCAUUAGCAUUUUUUAAUUCUGUUCCAUGUUAUGCUCUCGAUGGUCAAUAUAUUUUACAAGCAUUUGUUGAAUAUAUUUCACCUAGUUUAUACAAAAGACGCAGGCUUAAAUUCGUUAAUGUAUACUCAACUGCUCCCAGUGCUACAGAAUCGCAAUUUAAUAAUUGUGGCCAUACAAGGAAUGAAUAUUUGUUAACACUGAAAAAGAUGCUCGAGGGUACGAAAGUUGAAGACAAUAUUUUCAUUUAAUCGUUUUCCUCCAAAAAACAGUGUGCAUAAUAACGGGCGUUUUAAGCAUUUAGCAAAUGACAAUAAACGAUGAGCC